GAGCUGCCUGGGCGGCAGUCGCCCAGCGGUUGCCCGGCAAGUUCCGGCACUCCGUGGCCGGGCGCCUCUGCCCAGCGACGGCGGCCACGGGCGGCGCCGACGGCGCCGACCGCGGCGACGGCUGCGACGGCCGUGGCGGCCGUGGCACUUCACCGCGCGGGGGCCGCCAGGUGCCGGCGCUGCCCUCCAACGCCGCGCCGCCAGCCGCGUCGGGGCGCAGCGACAUGGUGCCGCCGCGAGUGUCGCUCGGGGGUGCCCUACAGCUUGUCGAUCGCUGCCAGGCCAUUCGGUACUCUGCCAGGAGACUGCAGCUCAUCAAGUGCAAGUGGCACAGAGCCAGCGACACCUGCGACGCAGCGAAGUUCAAGCUACAGCUCAGCCUAUACCCCAGGAGCGACGACGACUUCAGCGUGACCUGCGACCCACUCAUCCCGACGAGGGCGAGCUACAAGCCAGGGCAGUGGUCGACGGUGCACAUGGAAAGGGCAGCCAUGCCGGCAAAUUCGGAGAAGGAGCACCUGUCCAUCGUGAUCUGCGGCCACGUCGACAGCGGCAAGAGCACCACCACGGGACGCCUGAUCUUCGAGCUGGGCGGGCUGCCCGAGCGCGAGCUCGAGAAGCUGAAGGCGGAGGCCGAGCGCCUCGGCAAGGGCUCCUUCGCCUUCGCGUUCUACAUGGACCGCCAGAAGGAGGAGCGCGAGCGCGGCGUGACCAUCGCUUGCACCACCAAGGAGUUCUACACCGAGAAGUGGCACUACACCGUGAUCGAUGCCCCGGGCCACCGCGAUUUCAUCAAGAACAUGAUCACCGGCGCCUCCCAGGCGGACGUUGCGCUCAUCAUGGUCCCCGCCGACGGUAAUUUCACGACCGCCAUCGCCAAGGGCAACCACAAGGCCGGAGAGAUUCAGGGGCAGACUCGCCAGCAUUCCCGCUUGAUCAACUUGCUGGGCGUGAAGCAAAUCUGCAUCGGCGUCAACAAAAUGGACUGCGACACUGCCGGAUACAAGCAGUCCCGCUAUCCGUCUAUCGCCAACGAGAUGAAGAGCAUGCUGGUGAAGGUCGGGUGGAAGAAGGACUUUGUCGAGAAGGGCACGCCUGUGAUGCCCAUCUCGGGCUGGAUGGGCGACAACCUGCUGAAGAAGUCCGACAACAUGGGCUGGUGGAAGGGGUGCGACGUCGAGUACGGCAAGGAGACCAUCCACGUGGACACCGUCUACGACGUGCUCGACGUGAU